CUGAAAGACAUCGUACAGCGCAGCUGAUAAGCGGCUUUAAUUGGCAAAUUUGGCCUCGGUGGCCUCCAGGGUGACUGCAAGUAAACACAUCCGAGCAAAGAGCACUCUCAUUCGGACACUUUCACCUCACACUACCCGGGGAGCGGGUGUCCUCCAGCGCCUCCUUAAACUUUUGGAUCGUCAUGCUUAUCAAAAUGUUCUUUUUCAACAUCACCGGUGGCGUUUUAAGUGCGAUGUUAUGCGUUUUAGCCACACGGUGACGUUGUAGCUGUUUUUUUUGUCUUCAAAUUAACCACUUUUGGAACACUUUUACGCGUCAGGUGCGUCCCCAAGAAUGAGGCACCGCCACGGCGAACACCAGCCUCCCCGUCCUUCAUGAGAGGCCGGGACGGAGGAGAGGAGCCGCGGCUGUGGAGAUGACAGCCAACGUGAGCGCAGCUGGAGGAUCUGUAGGGGGUUCUGUAGAGGAGUCUGGAGUGUCAGGAGGGGAGUCCACCGCUGCAGGGGGACACAACGUGGCAGCGCUGGUGUUCGGCGUGCUGCUCAUCGUGGUGAUCAUAGGUGGUAACCUGCUGGUGUGUGUGAGCGUGUUGAUGGAGAAGGCGCUGAAGACCACCACCAACUACUUCAUCGUCAGCCUGGCCGUGGCAGACCUCAUGCUGGCUGUCCUCGUCCUGCCCCUCUUCGUCUACUCUGAGUUCCAGGAAGGCAUCUGGACACUCAGCACCGGCGUGUGCGACGGUCUGAUGACCAUGGACGUGAUGCUGUGCACCGCCUCCAUUUUUAACCUGUGUGCCAUCAGCAUAGACAGGUUCAUCGCCGUGCUGAUCCCCCUCAACUAUAACAGGAAGCACGUGGACUUGCGUCAAGCAGUCCUGCUGUCGGCCACGUGGGUCCUGGCGCUGGCGGUGGCCUCGCCCGUCAUGUUCGGCAUCAACGACGUACCAGGCCGUGACCCCAGCGAGUGCAAACUGGAGAACGACAAUUACGUGCUGUACUCGUCUGUGUGCUCCUUCUUCAUCCCGUGUCCCAUCAUGCUCCUGCUCUACUGUGGGAUGUUCCGCGGCCUGCGGCGUUGGGAAGAGGCCCGCAAGGCCAAGCUGAGGAGCAGCAUCCAGGCCUGCCGCAAGCUGCAGGAGGCUGCCGCAUCACUCCCACCGCUGGCUGGGCUGCCGCCACCCCUGCCUCCCAUCAUUGAGCGAGAACUGACGGAUACCCCAGAGGAGCCUGACGCCUUCCCGUCCUUGGAGAGGUCUCCCCUCCCCACAGAGUGCAAAGAUGGGCCUGUCCCCACGGUGAGCUUUGCUGAGAUAAAGUUCAAUCCUGACCAUCACAGAAGGAAGAGAGCCAAGAUCAACAGCAGGGAGAGGAAGGCCAUGAAGGUGCUACCUGUGGUCGUAGGCGUCUUCUUGUUCUGCUGGACGCCCUUCUUCGUCCUCCACAUUCUGAGAGCUCGCUGCCAGGGCUGCCGUGUCCCGGCGGUCGUGAUGAGCGUGGUGACGUGGCUGGGCUACGUCAACAGCGCACUCAACCCUAUCAUAUACACAGUCUUCAACACGGAGUUCAGGAGGUUCUUCAAAAAGUUCUUACACCACUGCUGCUCCUUCCACACCAGAUGAGUACACUGCUGACUGGCUGUGUGGACUUUUUGUUUUGGACGCAUGAGUGCAGGAGAUGCUUCUGCUUCUUUAAAAGCUUUAGCCUGCUGCCUUCGUGUGAGGUGCUACUUUGGUACAACCUGCAAAGAAGCUUCAUUUGAAGGAACACUUCAGCAGACAUGCGUCACCUUUGCUCCACAGGCAGGAGUUUAUUUUAUAAUCAUCUUUUCAGAAUAAAAGAAUUCACCCAAAUUCAUUUGGUUCUUCAACUCUGUCGUCUGUAACUUCAGUUCAGGGUCAAACAAACCAAAUGAUGUGGAAGUAAACAAUGUAAAAAAAAUUACAUUAAACAAGUAAUUCAGAAAAUGAUUACAACAUGACUGGCAAACCUUAAGACCAGAACAUGGUACUUCAUCAAACCUCCAGAGUUAAUAAAUAUUGUUCAAUAUGAAGUUUUCCUUCAUGGCCACCAGGGGCUGCUGUGAUUAAACUUCAUAAAGUACACCUUCUACAUAAAUACAAAAUUGUCUCCACCAGAGGACAUGCACACGUUAAAGAGCCUUUCUGUGUACAAGCAGGCGGAUUCUGCCACACCUGCCCUCACUUAACUUUGUCCAAACUAAUUGGCUCCUCCUCCUGAAGGCCCCCCCCACCUCCUGACUGACAGCAGGUGUGCUGGUGGUCUUUCCAGUCCUGCAAGGGGAAAACAAGCACAAUGAAGCGAAGAGAUGCUACUUGUCACUAUACAGUGGAUUACAGUGGAUCCCUGCAUAUUCAGCAUUUGCAAACAGUUCUCUCCGGAAAUAGGGUGUUUUUGGUAGAAAACAUCUCAUUCACCCCAAAUCAGUAUUCUUUUACAAUUAUGUGAUGAUAAAGCAUAAAAUGUACACCAUAAUAAUACAGUAUAUAUGUACAAUGUAUUUUUCACUAUUUACUGGUGGUCUCGGAAGACCUACUGUACUUGCCUCAUGAACACAAACUUUUGUUUUACCUUCCUCUGGCAGAAGAGGGAGCAGUAGUUAACUUUGUGGCAGCCCGUGCACUCGCUCAGGGCCACGCGCCCACAGUUCACACACAUCUCCUGAGGAAACAACACGAAACAACAUGAAACAUGGUGGAAAAGAUGUGACGUGUGAAAGAAAAAGACGCUCAAACUGCUAACUGCUUGACCAGUGACGGCACAUACAGUACAUGGUGGUUCAAGACAACCACAGUGUACCGCAUCAGACAUCCUGUGGGUGUUCCUAUGUAUUCCAAUAUAAAUUUGGAUGAAAGCACAAUUAGAAGGUAUUUUAAUUUUUCUUACCUGGCGGGCAAAUAAUUUCUUAAACACUAAAUGUGUAGAAGAUGAACAUUUGAAGUACCAAAAUAAACAUUCAAGUGAAUGAAAAAAUGAAAAUAAGUAACUGCAUGGUUCAUUAAAAUGUCUUUCCUGGUGAGGUCACAUGAUGCAAAUCUAUGACACUGACUGGUGUGGCAAUGAUGUAAAGCAAGGGUGUCCAAAGCGUGGCCCGGGGCACAUUUGUGGCACGUAGCUUGUUUUUGUAUUGGCCGGUGGCAUAUUGGGGAAGUAAAAUGGAAAAAAAACAGCAAAAAGUAAUAAUAAUAAUAAUAAUAAUACCCCUUUUCACCCAUAACACAGUUGUGCCUUUAAAUACAUUA